UUCACACACAUUACCGGAAAAUGGUUAAUCUAUCAUCUCAUCUCUUUCUUUUAUCGCUUUCAUUGCAUUGUUGUUUUAUUGCUUGCUUAGCUGCAAAUACAAAAAACAUCACAACUGAUCAAUCUGCUCUUCUAGCAUUCAAAUCCCUAAUUACUUCCGACCCUUAUGAUGUGUUGGCUAAUAAUUGGUCAACGUCCUCUUCUGUAUGCAAUUGGAUUGGUGUAACUUGUGAUGAGCGACACGGUAGAGUCCACAGUUUGAUUCUCCGAAAUAUGAGUCUUAGAGGUACCGUUUCCCCAAACUUGGGGAAUCUGUCCUUUCUUGUUAUACUUGACCUCAAAAACAAUAGCUUCGGUGGUCAGCUUCCUACAGAGUUAUAUCGGUUGCGCCGAUUAAAGAUUCUUCAUAUCAGCUAUAACGAGUUUGAAGGGGGGAUUCCUGCAGCGUUAGGGGACUUAUCACAACUUGAAUAUUUGUAUCUUGGCGUUAACAAUUUCAGUGGUUUUAUUCCCCAAUCUAUUGGUAACCUUCAUCAGUUGAAAGAAUUGGGAAUUGGUCGGAACAAGAUGUCUGGACUCAUACCUCAAACAAUUUUAAACAUGUCUUCACUUGAAGUUCUCCAUUUAUCUUCUAACUACUUUUCAGGUGAAAUUCCAUCUCUUAACAACAUGACUUCUUUGAGGGUGGUCAAAUUUGGCUUUAACAAUUUAAAUGGAAGACUACCAAAUGAUUUUUUCAAUCAACUUCCUCAACUCGAAAAGUUUGCUUUAAACAACAAUCAAUUUGAAGGAAGUAUUCCACAAUCAAUUGGUAACUGCACAUCGUUGAUAUUCUUAGAUUUAUCAUCAAACUUUCUCACAGGUACGAUUCCCGAGGAGAUUGGCUAUCUUGAUAAACUUGAGCUGCUAUUAUUGUCUAACAAUAGCUUAAGUGGAUCUAUUCCUUCCAAAAUCUUCAACUUGUCAUCGCUCACUAAUUUGGAGGUUGAUCAGAAUAGUCUCUCAGGCACAAUUCCAUCAAAUACGGGAUAUAGCCUUCCUAGUCUGCAAUAUCUAUUCUUGGAUCAUAACAAUUUUGUUGGAAAUAUUCCAAAUAACAUAUUCAACUCUUCUAAUCUUAUUGUUUUUCAAUUGUAUGACAACGCAUUCAGUGGAACUCUACCCAAUAUUGCUUUUGGAAAUUUAGGAUUCGUUGAAUUCUUUCUCAUAUAUGACAACAAUUUGACAAUACAUGAUUCUCAUCAAUUCUUUACUUCCUUGACAAAUUGUAGAUAUUUGAAGUAUCUAGACUUAUCAGGGAAUCAUAUACCCAAUCUUCCUAAGUCAAUUGGAAACAUAACUUCAGAAUACAUCAGGGCAGAAUCAUGUGGAAUUGGAGGUUAUAUUCCCCUAGAAGUUGGAAACAUGAGCAAAUUGCUAUUUUUUGAUCUGUAUGACAAUAAUAUAAAUGGACCAAUACCUCGUUCAGUCAAAGGGUUACAGAAACUUCAAUAUUUGAGUCUUAGCAAGAAUGGACUACAAGGAUCAUUUAUUGAAGAGUUUGGGUGAGUUGUAUCUAAACAAUAAUAAGCUCUCUGGAGUUUUACCAACAUGUUUGGGAAAUAUGAUUUCUCUUAUAAGGAUACAUGUAGGAUCUAACAGUUUGAACUCUAGAAUACCUUUAUCUCUUUGGAGUCUUAGAGAUAUAUUAGAGAUAAAUUUUUCUUCAAAUUCUUUAAUUGGUAAUCUUCCACCUGAGAUUGGGAAUUUGAGAGCAAUUAUACUUUUAGAUCUAUCAAGAAAUCAGAUUUCAAGCAACAUUCCAACAACCAUUAAUUCCUUAUUAACAUUG